AUGCGUCAGUGUACUACAAUCUUGCUUGCUAAGCGUGCGGAAUGCCGGGUAAAGGAUCUGGCUCUAAAGAACAUACAUUUUCUGUUUGCAAAUGCCACAGUUUCUUUCAAACAUAUAAUGUCCACUUACCCAGGUCCUUUGAUGUUAGUUUCGAUCCUUUGUCCAGAUCCUCAUGUCAAGAAAAAGCAUCACAAGAGAAGGGUUGUGCAGAAGCCUUUGGUAGAUUCUAUUUUGGAUAGUCUAGCGCCUGGGGGGAAGGUAUUCAUACGAUCCGAUGUGCUCGAAGUGGCUGUUGACAUGAGAAAUCUAUUCGAUGAGAGGCGCGAUUUGCUUCAACAUGUCGAUUCGAUCGAUAUGACAAUUUCGUGCUGUGUGGGCGGAUGGCCAUCGAAAAACCCAAUGGAGAUACGAACAGAGAGAGAAAUCGAUGCAGAAUUCAAAGGCGCUAAGAUAUACAGAAGAUGGUACCAGAAGAAGCUAGUGUAAAAAUUUCAAGGGUUUCCCAAGUAUGUCGUGAUGAGGAGGAAAAAGUAUUAAGUAAAUUUGUAUUUGCUUAUGCCGGAAGGAUUCUCGUUCUC